UUUCCUCUGUGAGUCUUUAGAAUUGCACAACACUGUUUUGAUGGCACCGAUGGCGCUGGCAUCCUGUUAAUGACCACAAUCUGCCUGCCUACAGUCACAGUGGGCAACAUCAUACACACUGCUCUUCAGUCAAGGAUGAAUAAGCUGGGGAAGCAUUUAUUGCACAAUUAUAUUUGCAUGAUAACCCGCAGUGAGCUUUCUUGAUGAGUCAGAGUCAGGUACUGUAAAUAAGUGGAUAAACGGUAAGUGGAGAGUUCAUUGUAAAGGUAGAAACCAGUUUAAGUGGAAGGGGAUCGUGUCAGAUUUUGUCCUGUAUUGAGCAACAAGCAUAAAGGCCCACGUUUCUUCCAGGACAAGAGAAAAAAAUCGCCAGCAGUGUCAGCUUUCAGUGUUCCCACUUGUGAUGGUAUCAGGUGUACUUUGAACAGGCUUGUGUUUGGUUAAAACUAGCAGGAUGGGUGGGGUAAUGUGAUGUGGGUUUGUACAGACAAGGUGAAGGCUCCUGUUGUAAUGCAUGCUCAGGCAGAGAACGGGCUUGAAUGGAAUCUGUUCCAUUCUAACACUGGACAGACUGUACCUUAAAGGAUUAACUACUCUUUGGAAAUAACUGUUUGAAUGUUGAUAAAACUACAAUGGAUGCGAGCAGCGAUACCUCAAAAAUCCUGGAGAAGGGUCCGGAGUACCUUCGAAAGCAAAUGGAGCUGGAGAGUGAGACAAAAGGAGGCAUGAGUGCUGUGGAGAGGCUCGCUGCAAGUAAACUGAAAUAUGUCAAAAGCCAACAGGUGGUCAACUCGACCCAGGAGCCAGCGAUCAGUCUUGGAUUGGCCUCUGUGAGCAGCAUUGUGUCUUCUCACCAGAGCUCAAACCGUGGUGGGGAUCUUGUCCCAGGGAGUGACUCAAAAGAGGCUGAAUGUGGUGCACAAAUCCCCAGAUCGCCAGUAGAGGUACGUCGGUCCAGCUCCAAAAAACGACCAGACUCUCUUCUGCUCUACAGACAGAAAUGUGAUUUACUGCGAGUGUCAGCGAGUGACCGGAGACGCCAUUUUAAACGUAAGCUGCUGUCCAGCUCUGUGAAUAAAAAUGUUUCAUUACCUGAGGCAACAGAUAAGGAGUGUGAGAGCAGCGAGGAAAAAAUCACCACACCUGAAGGAAUGGCAAAGGAAUGCAGCCCGCAUGUGGCGACCUCUCAGUCAGAGAGGAAUGGAGUAGCAGAGCAGCACAGCAAAGAAAACAGGGAUUCUGGGACAAAGGUGAAAGCUGGUGCUGGGAAGAAAUCUGCUGGCCUCCUGAUGGUCCCUGAGAUUGAAAAACGGUCUGGCAAAGGGGUCAGCCGCUCUCACUCUGACAUCAGCUCCAGGUACUCCAAAAACUUUGCAGACUUUGAUGCUUUCUUCAAGUACUGUGGGCUGGAAGGUGAGGUUAUCGAGUCUCUGGGGAGGGAGAACUUCUCCGCACGCUCAGAUGACACUGCGAUAUUCAUCAGGAGUGUCAGCAUCUCUACAUCGGACGACGGCUUCUCCAGGACCAGUGGUGACAGCGACGGACUGAUGGAGGAGAAGUUGAAUAAGAAGAAAAGUCAAGGGACGUCAGUUAUUGAGCGCAAUGCGAGGAUUAUCAAAUGGCUGUACAGCUGCAAAAAUGCUACAGAGACUGGGAAAAAGCUACGAGACCUCGACUGAGAUAUGUUUUGUAUAGACGAUACCGACUCCUGGCUUUCGUUUGUGGAAAAACCCCAACUUUUGGCCUCACUUUUUUACCAUAUUGCGUCCAGUGUUUGUGUGUCUACAUGCCCAUCAUCGUUUCCUUCAGUUUCUGCACAUACUGCCUGUGUGUGCCAAUUUCAGCUGACACUUCAGAGGACAUGAAGAUUUGGCGUGUUUGCUUUUGUUCAAACUUGCAUAAAGAUACAUGUUGGGGCCACAUGAAAAAUUCCCCAGAAACACAAAAGCAGUUCUUUUACUAACAUUUUUGCCUAAAAAAAAAUUAUAUUUACUUGUAAUUUUAUUUGAUUAAACUGUGCAUGCUACAUUUAUCACACAGCUGCAAUUUAGAACACAAUCCUGUGUUAAAGGUCAAAACUAUGUUUACAGUUGAAGACACACAAAUCUAGAGGAGAACAUAAGCACACAUUUUGGGUUGCCAGGUUGUAAAAGAAAUAAUUUGGCUUGUGUUUUUACCCCACUAUUUGGUGAUAAUGCUGUCACAAAUGUUGUCAAUCCAUUAAUUAAUGCUUGUUACACAGCUUUGUUUAAUACUUAAUACAAUGCAUCAAUAGCAGACUGCUGCUACUGAUGCAUUUUCAAUCAAAGACACUUAGUGAAAGAUAUAAAAAUCAUUGUUAAGGUCCAGUGUGUAGGAUUUAGGGGGAUAUAUUGGCAGAAAUGGAACAUAAAAUAAUAUCGCCAUGUCGCACUGCUGUGUUUCUACAGUCGCCUAGAACAGACAAACCAAACUCUGGCUCUAGAUAGGGCUCUACAUUCGCGUUUUUGCUUCGACCACUGCAGUUAGCAGUCCCUCCACAAUAAGCAGCGUCGGAAAACACAGAUUUUUUUUUUUUAUGUGAAACUGCUUUAUUUACUGUUUUUACCUGUUUAAAUCACCACGUUCGUUUGUUUUGGAGAGGAGGAGACCUCUGCGGAUAAUUCGGCUCCUGAUAAAAACCUCCUGAACUCCUGGAUCUGAAGUUCACAAGGGGUUGGCGACCCUUCUCCAACAUGCCAAACAGUGUAGAAGAAACACUGAUUUGUAACGUGAAACUGCUUUAUUCAGUGUUUUAAUCAGCUUGUCUGGUUGUUUGAAGAGGAAGAGACCUCUGCGGAUAAUUCGGUAAGAACCUCCUGAACAGUGGGGGAGAAGUUUCAUCUGCAAUCCUCGCCACUAGAUGCCACUAAGCGCCCCUAAAUCUUACACACUGGACCUUUAAAUCAAUAUUUUCUUACAAAUGAUUGAUUAGUUUUGUAAGUAGCUGUGUAAUAAGCAGGACAAUGUACACUCCUUCAGGGUGUUUCAAGACCCCUCCGCUUGGUGCCAGGGUAUUGCAUCACCCUGACAGGGUUCCUUUCGCAAUACUGACCUGCUUGCUGUACCCUUACAGCAACCCUUAGUUGAAAAAUCCUUUACAAGGUGAGCACAGGUCAUCACUUAAAGAGAAUUACACUGUAUAUUACCCAUUAUAAAGACUGUUGGUUAAGUUAUGGAGCAUUUAUAAACGGUAUUAGAAAGUGGUACCAGCAAUUUCACAUAGAGCACAUUUACUAUACCCUCUACUGGGUCGUUGCUAGUUUGACCCAGUGCUGAGCGCCUUGUCUGACUUAAAAUGGGUUAGAAUUCAUCCAGUAUGUUUUAGUGUAUGACUGCGUAUGAAACAUGUAAAGGUGUCCACUACUUAUUCACAUAAACUGUGUUCCUCAGCAGGGUCUCUAGAUCAGGACAGGCAUGAAAGUGGUCUUAAAUAAUAAUUUAUGUAACCUGCUUCUUAAGGUCAUAAUCCAAUGAGUGCAUGCCAUUUCCCUCCAGGUGGAAGGUGUACAUUUCAUUACACAAUCACACACACACACACACACACACACACACACACACACAUACACACACCAGUAAGAGAGAUCUGCUUCUCACAUUGUUGUGGUCGAGUUUGCCUUGUUUACAGUAAUAAAAUUUAACGGCAGCCAGACAAAAAAGGCGUGUAGCAUAUGUAGGACGUGUUUAUUUUCUAGCUGAAGAGUCUGUCACUGAGAGCUGUGUGAGAAGAAUGUAGCUGAUAAUCUGAUAGGCUUAAGUCCAGUGACCUGAUGUAACUGUAUCUCCACUUCCCUCCCAAUCUCUGCCUGCUGUUUCUCUUCACCACUUUGUCUCUCUUUCUGUCCUUCAGCCAACUUUCUGAUCGGAGGCUGUAACAUGAGAAAAAAGGAAAGGACACACUAUUGUUGACUCAAACGGAAUAACCACCCACUCUAUUUCUCACACGCUCAUUAAACAAACAAUAUUUAUGUACAGCGUAUGUGAGUAGAUGCUUUUUUUAUUAUUAUUCAGCUGCGCCCAUGUUGUAGACACGCCUUUCACUUUUACCAGAAACCUGGCUGAUAAUUUUGUAUCGGCAAGUCAUGUCAUGCCCUCUCCUCUUGUUUACUGCCAGAACUUAAAGCUACGUCUUAGAAUUCAGUUGAUGAUUAAAUGAGAAAAAGGGCCACUUAACGUUUCAUAUGUGGUUCAACCUGUAUCAAUAAUGUGAUUAUUGACAAAGUGUUAUCAUUGUUGUGGGUUUGCAAAUGUCUUCUUUAUUGGGAUUUUUAUAGAGUGAAAGUGUUACUAUUAGGAAUCCACCACUCAAGACUUAAAGUUUUGCCGCUGCCUGUUUGACAUAGUUUUAUACUGAAGUACAAUACAUUUUGUACACAAAUAAAGUUAUUAUUUUUCUGAUUUUUCUCAUUUUCUUGCCAAUGUAAAUGUAUUCAUGGUAACAU